AUGUAUCGUCAGAUUUUAAUUCAUCCCGAUGAUCGAAAAUACCAAAGGAUUCUCUGGUAUCAUAAAGGAGAGGUCAAGACCUUCCAACUCAAUACAGUUACUUUUGGGGUAGCUGCAGCUCCAUUACUUGCAAUUCGCACCAUUCAACAACUUGCUCGUGACGAGGCAAAAGAUUUUCCAAGAACUAGUAAAUUACUCUUUCGUGACUUUUAUGUCGACGACUUUAUUUCUGGUUCAAAUACUCUUGAAGAACUUUUGGCAAUUCGUGAUGAAAUGAUAGCUUUGUUGCGCCGAGGUGGUUUCAUCAUUCGAAAAUGGGCUUCAAAUCACCUAUCUGCUUUGAAUACCAUUGACAAGAAGGUGUUCGAUCUUGACUGUGUUGUCAGAGAAGAUCAGGUUCAGAAAACUUUGGGUGUCGUGUGGGAUUCUCAAAGGAACAUCCUGCAAUAUUCUGUGAGUUGUAUCGAUCUUCAAGCUACUUCAACCAAAAGACAGCUUUUAUCUGAAAUCUCAAAGAUAUUUGACCCUUUAGGUCUAUUAGGACCGGUCGUAUUGUUUGCCAAAACCUUGAUUCAGGAUUGCUGGAAGGCCAAGGUUGGUUGGGACGAAUCGCUUCCUCAAGAUAUCCAUACCAAAUGGAAAUCCUUUGUUCUUCAAUCAUCACUUCUGAAACAGGUCUCGUUUCCGCGUCACUUUUUAAUUCCAAAUCCAACUAGGAUUGAACUUCAUGGCUUCUGUGAUGCCUGCAACUACGGUUAUGGUGCAUGCUUGUUAUUGAAAUCUGUAGACUCCUCAAACAACGUGAUAAUUCGCUUGAUUUGUAGUAAAUCUCGAGUCGCUCCCUUGAGCGGCGUAACAAUCCCUCGAUUGGAAUUGUGCGCUGCUUCCGUUCUCAAAAAACUUUACGUCAAUACUAAAUCUCAAUUCGAUUUCCCAAUUGAUCAAACAAUUUUUUGGUCUGAUUCCACUAUUGUUAUCGCGUGGUUGAAAAAGGCUCCUCAUCUCCUCAGAGUUUUCGAAUCCAACAAAGUUGCUGAUAUUCAAACGUUAGGUGAACAAGUUUCCUGGAGAGACGUCCGUUCAGAGGACAACCCUGCAGACGCCUUUUCUAGAGGACAACUACCAGCCGACUUUCUAGAUAACUCACUUUGGACUUCAUGA